AUGUACUACGUACCUCAUAAGCUAAUACUCCUUACUCCUUAUAGUUGUUCCUACAACACUAAAAAAAAAUGAAGUCUUUUUUUAGCCCAAAAUCGCGCUCUUCCGGUAACCAAAUAAAAAUCGAAACAAACACAAUCAAGCAUGAACUGUUGCUCCGUAUUCCCGGGUGCAUAGUGAACUUGAUAGAAGAAGGAAAGACCAUAGAGCUAGGACGAGGCGAUUUCUCCGUAUACAUCCUUUCGGACCAAAACAUACGCCUUGCUACCAUUAUCAAGGUGGCGGAUAACCUACAAUGGCCGCUCACGAAAGACGAGCCGGUGGUUAAGCUUGAUGGUGUUCACUACCUCUUUACUUUGCCUAUGAAAGAAGGUGAUUCUUUGAACUAUGGGGUGGCUUUCUCGGAUCGAUGUGACAAGAAAUUGUUAGGGUCUUUGGAUGCUUUUCUUGUAGAGCAUUCUUGCUUUUCUUGUUUGUCUAAGUCAAGAGGAAGGAAUGAUCUUGAUUGGCAAGAGUUUGCUCCUAAGGUUGAAGCUUAUAAUGGUGUCUUGGCUAGGGCUAUUGCUGGUGGAACUGGCCAAAUUGUUAAGGGGAUUUUUAUGUGUAGCAAUGCUUACACUAACCAGGUACAAAAUGAAGGGGAUUUGAUUCUUAGUGAAGACAACACCACCAACAAAGGGAGAAGCACAAUCGCAAAAACUAAAAGCAGUAAGAAUAUCGCAGCGAGAAACAAUUCCAUGAAUCAAAACAUAAAGCGUGUGAGAACGCUGUCCGAUAUGACACAACAAAUGAGCAAAACUAUGCUCAAUGGAGUUGGGUUAGUCACUGGAUCUGUCAUGGGACCUCUGGUUAAUUCCAAACAAGGCAGAGCUUUUUUAUCUAUGAUGCCUGGAGAGGUUCUUCUUGCUUCUUUUGAUGCUGUUGAUAAGAUAAUGUGUGCCGCGGAAGCAGCUGAACAACAAGCUCUCCAAGCCACCUCCGGAGCUGCAGUUAGGAUGGUUUCCAUAAGGUAUGGAGACAAUGCAGGGGAAGCCACAGGAGACGCACUAGCAACUGCAGGACAUUGUGCUGGCACGGCUUGGAACAUACUCAAGAUCAGGAGAGCUAUGAAUCCAGCUUCCGUUGCCACCUCUGGGGCUAUACGUAGUACGGGAAAAGCUAUCAAAUACUGAAGGAUAAUAAUGUGUAAAUUUCAGGGCCUUCAACACUUUCUAUUCCUAAUGUUAGUGUGACUGUGUGAUGAUGUGAUCUGUAUAAGUUUUAAGAUAGCUAGCUAGUUCCUUCUAAAAAUUGUUUUCUUGGGUGUUACUCACUUUAAUUAAAUUAUGUACGUUGGACGAACUUUUUAUUUCACUAGUUGCCGGAACUAGUUGCCGGAAGCACGCGUUGCGCGCGGUGUAGCUGAGAAUUUCAAAUUUGGCACCAAUGUGUUCUUGUCCUUGUGUGCAUAUGGGAUCAUAGUAUGUAUAGUUUUGUUGUGCUUUUAUUCUACAAUAUAUAGCGAAAUUAUGAGUCUAUGGAACUUGUAGUUUUUCAAUGUAA